GAUGCAGGGUCGGGGCCGCUGCUGCCUUUUGCUCCUCUGCUGGCUGCGGUUAGUUUGCAGCAAGUUCGAGGCCGGCAAGUUAGACACAGACCAGAAUUGGAUAUUUUUGACUACAUUUUGUUUCCUACCUGAAAAAGGACAGAUCAGCUAUCAUAUCAGAUACCCCAAGAACUGCUGGAGUAAAGAAGCCGUGGCUGCAAAUGGAAACAAUCAGCUGUUCAACCUCACGGAUGGCUUUGCGUUGUCUGGUUGUCAGGUGGUGGAUGUGAAUGGAAUAAAUUACACAGAUUGUCAAAAAAAACUCAACUUCCAUUCAGCGAGGGAGAGAUGGUGGUUCCUUGCAGCCAGUAAUUGUAGGGGUGGAGGAAUAACUUUGGAAUAUAAAAUUAAAAUGUCGAAUGGGAACUCAUUGUGGAGAAGACAAUUUUCUGCCAACCAGAUCGGCAUUCUUGAAGUACACAUACUUUCAGUGUUGUUAUUCGUAAUUGUACUUGGAGUUUGUAUUUAUUUUGCUUAUUAUUUGAAGAGAAGACGUUUACUACAUUCUAGCUAUCAGAUGCUAAUGGUCUCAAUUGGAACAGAAGUUCUAGGUCAUUUCUUCUUAGGCAUUCACUUUGGCAUUUAUGCACUGAAUGGUGUAGGUUGUGAGUCUGUCAAAAUAAUCGGAUGCUUGUUGCUGGUGAUUAGCUAUUUACUGCUUGUUCCAAUGCUUCUCCUAAUGAGCCAUGGAUUUACAAUUACAAGGACGAAGAUUCGCCAUUCUAGUGCGGUUGCUAUCUGUUUGGUGGUGGUCACCUUUGCAAUUAUGUACACCUGGUUUUUCAUUGAUGAGAAACAUCUUAUAGACCCAGGAAGGAUACAAAGUUUAUUUGAAUCCUCUGUUGGCUAUGCUGUGACCGCCUUACAGUUUCUGGCAGCAUUUUGGUUUAUACAGUCAACAUAUAAAAUCAUGCAAGAGCAUCCUGAGAAACGGCCAUUUUAUCUUCUCUUCUUCCCUGCGUUCACUUUUUGGUUUUUUGCAGUGCCUGUUAGCAGCCUUUUUGGACAAUUUAUGAUUCCAAACUGGAAACGUGAACGUGUCAUGAGUACAGUUUUGCUGCUAUUGAAGUUCUACGUCUAUGCUGUGAUGUUGUUUCUAACCAGGCCAUUCCAAACAAACGCAAGAUUUCCCUUUCACAUUGACACCUCACGGAUCGCACUUAUGAGAUAUGCUUCGGAAUCCCAGGAAAGCUUUGUAAAAUUUGGACGUCGUGUAUGCAGAAAUAUCAGCGUCACGAGCUUCAUCAACAGGGAAUCCAGAGGUACCAUUGCUAAUGGGCCCAAAAGAUGUACCUUGCAGGAGGAUGCAGAUAUGACCAGAGAUCUCUUGGAAAGAACUAAUAGUCAGAUUGAUUGCAGAUUUGAAUUUGCUAAAAUGCAAGAGACAAACCUGCAGAUUUAAUGAAGAAGUCACUAAGAUCUCCACUCACAGCAAAGCCGCGGAUUGGUUUGGAUGCAACUCCUAUGCUAAAAGUGAACGUGUAAUGUCCAAUGUAACAGCAUUAUUGUUAGUAGUUGGUCCGAGUUUACGGCCAUAAUCAGCACACCACGUUCAGAAAUCUCAUGUAUUCCCCACUUAUUAUUUAAACUCUGUACUUCAAGCAUGCUCUCUCACACAGGAAAUAAAUAUUGACGUUAUCAUGGUGAAACAUUUGUUAUUAUGUCGAUAAUUGAAAGACAGUACAUUUUUUUCAAAGCAAGGGUUUGAAUGUGGAUGACAUAUAUCAUGAAACUUCAACUUCCUGAAUAGGAAUUAUCUUUGUUUACAGAUAAGCUAUUAAAAACUUCUGUAUGAAUAGAACACUAAUGAAAACACUCAUGAAUUCUUAGUUUUGAAAUACAGCGUAGAAGCGGGCCCUUCAGCCCACCAUGUCAGCGU